CCAUUCUCUCCCUCCUCAGUCCACUUCUCCUCCCAAACAGAGCAAGAGCAGACAAUACGGCGGCUGGAAAACACCCAAGAAGAAGAAGAAGAAGAAUCGAGAAGGGGAAAUGGCGGAAUCGAACUCGUACGAGGAGCAGCGCCGGAGGCAGAUUGAGGAGAACCGCCGGAAGCUGGAGGAGCUCCGCCUGCACCACCUCUCCGCCGCCGUCCGCGAGGCCGCCGCCAGGCCCAAGCCCAACCCCAAGCCCAGGCCGAAGCGCAAGGCCCCGGAGCCCGGCGAUCUCCGGCGGUCCGGCCGCGUCGCCGGCCUCCCGGAGCAGCCCAACUACCUCGAGGGCGCACUUCAGCGCGACUACCGUGGAGUGUACGAGGCGUAUGCCGCUUCGAAAACGCCGACCGCCGAGGAGAGGGCCGGCGCCGUCGCCAAGGCCGAGGAGCUCAAGCGCCGGAUCCACCGCAUCCGCUGCCCCGCCUUCGUCAGGCCCAUGUCCCACGAAUGCGCCACCAGAUCAAUCCUGAUGCAAAUCCCCAAGCACUUCAUCGAGUAUCUCCCGGCGCACGAUGAGGCAGCCGUCUUGGUGGACGAGGCGGAUGACGAGUUCCACAUGAUGUACAAUGCCCACAGAAAGGGCAAACACUGUCACUACUACCUCGACAAGGGGUGGAGACGGUUUGCUGCCGACCAUGACCUUGCCGAUGGCGAUUGCUUGGUUUUCCACAUGACGGAGAGGGUAAAGUUCAAGGUCUACAUUUUUAGAGCAAACCCAGACUAUGAAAGCGACCAAACUUCCGAUGACUCUGAUGAUGAAGAGUAAUAAAGAUGUGUGCUUCCAAUACAAUGUUUGAUCGGAGCAGUUUGUAGGAGAAGCACGCUCUCCGCUGAUGUUGGAAUCGGCUACCGCGAUUUUGUGCUGGUUGCGUGUAGAGUUGCAAUCUCAGACCCUGCCAUUGUAGCAGACCUGCAUUAUAACAUAGGUUUGAUAGGAGUAGCAGGUAACAGCGCGUGGUGCGGACCUUGUAUUGGUUGAAUUAUAUGAUUGUAGUCUGAUGAUGGUCUCGAGUGCAUUUUUUCGUGGCUGUUCCUGUUUGUUUUUGGCUACUAAAAUGAUCAUCCUCUUGAUCUUGAGUUCUUGGACACGGACCCCCUGGAUAGUGAUCAUCCUCUUGACCUUGAGUUCUUGAGCGUGUGGAUGAGGGCUGCAGGGCGCUUUUCUGGGCUGGUUCUGACGAUAUUCAUGGUGGGAAAUGUCCGGUGGCUCGGCAGAAAUUCUGCAGGGCAAAGUGUCUUGGUGGCUUGGGAGUAAUCGACUUGAACUUGCAGAGUCUGGCAUUCCAACUGCAAUGGGCUUGGCUGAAGCGCAUAGAUCUGGCUGCUAGACCUUGGCAAGGGUGGGUUGCCCAUGCCCUCGGAUCUGAAGGUGGAGGCCUUUUUCUGCAGUUUGGUUCAUUGGAAGUUGGGUUCUGGCGACAAUGUCCUCUUCUGAAAUGAUCGCCGGAUCAAUAGGACAUGCGCCGACGAUAUUGCUCCAAUCGUCACGGCUCAGGUCAAUGCUAGUACAGGAGUCCGGUUAGGGAGGCGGCACAUUCGCAUUUCUGGAUGUGCCAAAUGAGCUCCCUACCAAGGGCUUGGUGCACUUCAUUCAGUUAUGGGAUUCAGGCGAUUCCUAGGAUGAAGGAUGUGGCGCUCUGGAAGUGGAGCAGCACUGCUACUUGCCUAUUCAUUCGCCUCUGCUUGCUUACCAGAUGCUCAACGAGGGGGCCAUCAAAUAUUCAAAUUUGCUUGUGCCAAGGCUAUUUGGAAAUCUUGGGCGCCUCUUAUAAACUGUAAAAAAAUUACUUGGCUUGCACUUCACUAUCGUCUAUGGACCUCUGAUUGUCGGCUGAGAAGAGGGCUGCAGGAACAUCCAUCCUUGUUCAUGCUUCCUGUGCGACCAAGAGGAGGACACCACUGACCAUAUUUUGAUGCAAUGUGUUCGUGCUAGGAAGGCGUGGCUUGAUGUUUGCAGGCUACACAGCUGGAUAGUUCUCUGGUUCCUAGGAUGACUGAUAAUCUACGUACAUGCAAGAGGAUCCAUAAACAUUACCGCUGUUUUAAGAAGUUGCAACAUUGUUCAGAAGUUUUCUAGCAUAUCAUUUCAGCUUAACUUGGGACUGAAUAGGUGAUAGUGUCCUGAAAAAAGAAAGGAAAGGGGAUAGGCGACAGAGAAGGUACACUAAAAUUUUGGGCUCUUGGAACUAGCUAGGGGUAGAAGUUGAACUAUCGUUUUCAGUCAAGAAAUCAAGAUAAGUGUAGCUGCGCUGCCAUUUGAUUUUUUGCUCUCUUUUUCCAGUUCAGUGCGCAGUUGGUGGGCAACUGUAUGAUCAAGAGACCGUGACAUGUUCUCAAACUUACUCAACUUGCUCUGUAAAAAGUUUGACUAGCUAGUAUCAUCUCAAAACCCAUAAAAGCAGAGUUCUUUCUUUGUGUGUGAAAACCCAUAGCAUCGGAAGCGAAUCACAGUCGAUUUUCUUCCUUUUCGUUACCCUCCUUCGACGAAGGGGUUGAAGGAGGGUAACAAAUAUGUGCUCAACCUAGGAUCUCUGAUCCGGUUCUGCCUUGUGAGGGAGCAUAGGAGACAUCUGGAAGGAAAGCAUGACCCCUACAAGUCCAGUUUCUGGGGGAUGUCGCCACAAGCUAGACAACAAACUCGAUGUACAUAUGGUGUCUUAAUCAAAGCCUAUCAUGCACCUUGGUUAUAUAUGUUUCUCUUUUUUUAAUUUGUUGUUGCAAAUAUCAUUGCCAAUUUCUCCGUGGAUUUCUGAAGAUAAGAUACGGUGUCGUGGAAAGCGAGCGAGGCGAUUGGCCCACCCAGGUUUGGCCUGUCCUUGCAAGUGGGGGGCUUUUUUUCCACUUUCCUGUCUGGAAUAGGAUUCUCAGUCCACUAGUUUUCUUACAGGAAUCGAAUUCAAAGUCUCCUUCCUUUUUCUUAUUUGUUUACUUAUGAAUUAUUGCCUCUAAAAUACCAUGAUCAGAGAGAAAGAAGGCCAUGAACUUCUCAGAUCAUUAGUCUUUGAUGAGCACGUUUCAACAACCUUCUCCAGACGAGGAGACAUGGAAAAGAUGCUCAUGGUCUCACACAACAAGCAUAUGACAAAGAGUACCCUCCCUUGUGAUCUGGACCCUGAAGAAAAGCAUGAUGAACUCCAGGAUCCAGGCUGGUUCCCAACAACCUUUUCCAGAUCAAAAGGACAAGACAAGGAAGAAAGAUCAUCCCAUAGUCCACACCAGCACAUACUAGAAUUAAGAACCAUGGCUGGUUCUUCCUCUGCAUAUUGCAGGAAUUAACACCAUGGUUUUGGAUGCACAGAAGAAACCAACAGGGCAAGGAACAACCGAAGAGACAUGCCAUGGAAAGGAGGAACAGUUCUUUUUACUAGCUCAUAGUCUCAUACACACAUAGCUUUUCACAGGCCCUUGGUACAGAAUUUCUGGAGAGAAAC